CGCUCGCGCGGCUCGGCACAUGAUAAAGCACGGCUGCACGGGCUGCACCGAACCUGCCCGCGAUGCACGCGAUGCUACCUCGCUCCCCGCGUGGUCGCGCCUGUCGGAUGAGCGGAAUCGCGCGUUUUACGUGACCAGCCUGCGUCCCGGAGGAUCGCGCGGGUCGCCCUAGAUGCGAUACACGCUCCUGAGAACCGACAAUGAGGAGGAGCCUGAUGAUGAACUGGCAUCCCGCCAAAAGAAAACCAGCCAGCCGGGGAGGAAGUACUUUAGCAUACUGGUAGUGCUCGGCACAUUGUUCCUAGGUUACAUAGCCAUAGCGAGUGACCUGAAACCCAUGAGGAUAGGUAGCAAAGCCAUCGACACCCUAGCGUUCUCCCUGAACCUACAAAAGCCGUUCUACGUCGUGGUCAUCGACGCCGGCUCGACCGGCAGCCGCGUACUGGCGUUCACCUUCCACGAGUUCAUCCUCAACGGCAACCUGAUGCUGGACGGCGAGCUGUUCAGCGAGGUGAAGCCCGGGCUGAGCUCGUUCGCGGACCGGCCGCAGGACGCCGCGAAAUCCCUGACCACCCUCCUGAACAAAGCGAAGACUGUGAUCCCGCAAUCCGAGUGGUCGCGCACGCUGCUGACCAUGAAGGCCACCGCGGGGCUGCGACUGCUGCCCGAGCACAAGGCCAACGGCAUACUGGAGGAGUGCAGGAAGCUGUUCCAGACCUCCGGCUUCCAGGUGUCGAAGAACUCCAUCUCCAUCAUGGACGGCACGGACGAGGGGAUCUUUUCCUGGUUCACCGUGAACUUCCUGCUGGAGCGCUUCAGCUCGCUCGGCUCCCAGAGCACCGUGGCCGCGCUGGACCUCGGCGGCGGCUCGACGCAGGUCACGUUUCAGCCGGACAACGAGCAGGCGAGACAGCUGGAGAAGCACAUCUACACCAUCAACGUAUUCAACCACAACAUGAGUCUGUACACGCACAGUUACUUAGGCAUGGGUCUGAUGGCCGCCAGGAAGGCGAUCUUGACCCACGGCGUCGACCCGGAAGACGCGAGUCUCAAGCUUCCCACGGAGCUUCGCUCCGAGUGCAUCAAUCCGAUUGUGUCCGCCGAGUGGUCCUACGGCGGCCGCGACUACGUCGUGAAGGGCCCGACGAACGGCACGUACAAACUGGUGAAGACGCAGAACUUUGCGGGCGGGGAUGAGAACAAGCCAAUCGUGCGCUUCCCGGAGUGCUUAAAGAUCGUCGAGAAGCACGUCAGUACCCUGGCCAACAAGCCGAUAGGUCUGAAGGACCAUGAGGUGUACGCGUUUUCCUACUAUUUCGACCGCGCGACGGAGGUAGCAUUAAUAGAUCCCUUUUUGGGCGGAGUUGUGCAACUGAGCUCGCUUUUGAAGCAGGCGAUGGAGACGUGCGACUACCCAAACACCGAUCAGCCAUUUAUGUGCUUGGAUCUAACGUUUAUUUACGUUCUGCUGAAGGAUGGGUUCGGCCUCGAACCAUCGACUAAAUUAUACCUUUACAAGAAGAUACGCGGCCACGAAUUAAGCUGGGCCCUGGGCGCCGCGUUUAACGUCCUGCAAAAUGGACUUUGACACCGUUUUACUAGCGUAUUGUCGUUAGAUAAGUUUUAUUCCAGGUUUGUAAAAAUUGAAAAAGACAGGACGGAGGGAUGUACAUAGACGUAAGAUCUUAAUUUUUCCUAUUACAAUUAAUUUGGAAAUUCGAUGUAAUAAUGUUUGACGACGAGCGUUUAUCGGCGUUUACCGCACAAUUGCCUAACACAUUGUAAUCGUACAACCUAUUUUUAGUGUCACUUUUAUGAUGUGAGGGAAAGCAGUAUUCAAUAUAUAUACAGGGUGUCCCAGGUUUUAACCG